GGUAUAUAAUACGAGUGGUCGCACCUUCACUGGCAGCUUCAUUUGCCGAACGAAAUUCUCAACCGACCUGCAUCGCCAAACCGAAAUGUUUCGCUACGGUAUCUUUUUGCUGAUUGCUUGCAGCAUUGCUGCUGUUGCUGCGGAACAGUGGGAUAUCGAAGAUCGUCAAUUAACAUGCGCAGGUACUUUGGUUACCAAUGCUGAUGGAACAAGAUCUUGCGUCACUCAAAUCGGUGUCUCUAGCACUGGUUAUCCCAUCUACAAAGUGUACAACCAAAAUACUGGUGUUACGUCUUACGUAACACAAACCGGCGUAAGUGCUACUGGCCAGCCGGUCUACAGUACCUCGAGCACGUAUCCGAUGACUACCUACGUUAAUACUUGCUCGGGAACCAUCGUGACAAACAGCGACGGUACCAGAUCUUGCGUCACUCGCGUCGGAACAUCUAGCCUCGGCUACCCCAUCAAUACAGUUACGAAUCUGAAUACCGGCGUCACGUCUUACGUUACUCAAACUGGAGUUAACACGAGCGGUCAGCCCGUCUACAGCGUGACCCCCACUUAUCCCGCAAGCACGACGACAGCCGCCACUACCUGCACUGGUACAACGGUAACCAAUAGCGACGGAAGCAGGUCUUGCGUCACCCAGGUGGGAACCUCCAACACUGGAUAUCCUAUCUACCAGGUGACCAAUCUCAAUACCGGCGUCACAAAUUACGUGCAACAGACCGGAACCAACACUAGCGGCCAGCCCGUCUAUUGUACGCCCACCACGUAUCCUGUUAACACCAACUACGUUUGUUCUGGCACUUUGGUUACCAAUAGCGAUGGCACUAGAUCUUGCGUCACCACAGUUGGAACUGCUACCAACGGCUAUCCUAUCCAACAAGUUACCAAUCUGAACACCGGAGUCACUAGUUAUGUAACGCAGACUGGUGUUAGCUCAACUGGUCAGCCUAUCUACAGCGUCAGCCCCUAUUACCCUACAAAUAAUGUUGCUCCGGCUCCAGCUCCAGCUCCAGUCCCAGCUCCUGCCCCAGCCCCAGCCCCUGCUCCGGCUCCGGCUCCAGUAACUCUCGCUCCUGCUCCGGUAACUCCGGCUCCGGCUCCUGCCCCAACAGCUGCCCCUGUUCCCAAUCCUUUCGUCUACUAGAUUCGUAACAACGUUGCAUCGCCCCUGACAUGUCGCCAUCUAUAAAAUAACUACCUAGUAUUCAGUAUGGUUGACAGCCAGCUGUAAAAUAUUGUCAGUAGUGGCAUUUGAUGUUUACGCGAUUAGUGUUAAAUUCUCCUGAAAUACACAGCAUCAAAAAAUGAAA